GUGAAGAUUGCACACAUUAGAGAGAAAGACUCAAGAAGCUUCAAGAGCUCACUGAAUGUCAUCGGUAUGCUUUUACACUUGUUCUGAGAUAUCCAAGCGCGUAAAGGGAUCUUUUGGAGUGUUGCUCAACUUUUGGAGGCGCUCCAUCAAGAAGUGCCCACGGGAACGACACGCACAAGCGCACGUGGAUAUCUUUUUUAUUAUUAUUAUUUAUUGUUAUUAUUAUUUUACUAUCGUUGGAGAUGUUCUGGCACGAUUUCUGCCUCGUGCCUACGUUGCUGGCGGCUGUCGGUGCAGUCUUACCGGCGCUGCUGUUGCUCGUGAUUUCGCGGCUGCUGUGGGAGUUCAGGUGGAGCAUCACCCGUGAUCGGGCGUGUAAACUCCCUCUCCCGCAAGGCUCCAUGGGCUGGCCGCUGGUCGGAGAAACGUUCCAUUGGCUUUUCCAGGGGUCCGGCUUUCACAUCUCCAGACGUGAGAAGCAUGGAAAUGUUUUUAAAACGCACCUUUUGGGCAAACCCGUUAUACGGGUGACCGGCGCAGAAAACAUCCGCAAGAUUCUGCUGGGUGAACACACGCUGGUGUGCACGCAGUGGCCCCAGAGUACGCGCAUCAUCCUCGGGCCCAACACCCUGGUCAACUCGGUCGGCGACCUGCACAAGAAGAAAAGAAAAAUCCUCGCAAAAGUGUUUAGCCGUGGCGCACUGGAGACGUAUUUAACGCGCCUUCAAGACGUCGUCAAGUCUGAAAUCGCCAAGUGGUGUACCGAGACCGGCUCUGUGGAUGUUUACGCCGCGGCAAAGUCACUCACUUUCCGCAUCGCGGUGCGCGUCCUGCUCGGUCUGCGCUUGGAGGAACAGCGCAUCAUCUACCUUUCCAAAAUCUUUGAACAACUCAUGAACAACCUCUUCUCUCUUCCCAUUGACACCCCCAUUAGCGGACUGCGCAAGGGAAUCAGAGCCCGUGAGAUUCUGCACUCUGCCAUGGAGAAGAUUAUAGAGGAGAAACUGACAAAGCAGCAAGCCAACGAUUACUGCGACGCUUUUGACUAUAUGCUGAGUAGUGCGAAGGAAAAUGACUACGAACUCACGAUGCAGGAACUCAAGGAGACUGCGGUGGAGUUAAUCUUCGCUGCGCACUCCACCACCGCCAGCGCAUCAACAUCCCUCAUCCUGCAGCUGCUGCGCCAUCCAGACGUGAGCGAGCGCGCCAGAGCGGAGCUUGAAAGCGAGGGGCUGAUCGGUGACGCGCACAGUUGUCAGUCUCGUUGCCAUGGGAACGUCAUCAGAGAGGCAAGCGAUGCUUCAGAGAAGAGAUCAGCGGUGAAUAAAACAACGUGUUUUGAAGCAGGGGAAAUGGAAGAGGGCCGUCGCUCUCGGACCCACGUCCCUUACCUAAGUUUGGAGAAACUGAGCCAGCUUUCAUAUCUGGACUGUGUGGUCAAGGAGGUGCUUCGGUUCCUCCCACCUGUGUCUGGGGGAUACAGAACAGUGCUGAAAACAUUUGAAUUGAAUGGUUAUCAGAUCCCGAAGGGCUGGAGCGUUAUGUACAGUAUCCGUGACACACACGAGACUGCAGAAGCGUAUCAGAACCCGGAGCUUUUUAACCCAGACCGGUUCUGUGCUGAUCAAGAUGAGAGCAAAACUGACCGCUUUAGUUAUGUUCCUUUUGGUGGCGGCGUGAGAAGAUGCAUCGGACGGGAACUCGCUUUGAUUGUGCUGAAAACUCUUGCCGUGGAGUUGCUCGCCACAGCGGACUGGACUCUGGCAACGGAGAGUUAUCCGAGGAUGCAGACGGUGCCUAUCGUGCAUCCGGUCAAUGGAUUGCACGUGUUUUUUAACUACAGAAACCAUGGGAUUGAGAGAAACCGGAGGGAGUCCACUCAUAUAUAGGAAAGAAAAUGAAAUUAGACACUGUUUCGUAUAGAAAUUGAACAGACAAACGACAAAACUGCUAUUUGGAAUCAUUCAAUUAAAUGCAAUGUCCCUCUUGAUACCAGUGUAAAAUAAAAAUCUCAUUUAUCCACUUAAAAAACAGUGGGAUGAAGUGAUGGAUAUGGACAUUAGACAACUGAAUGCAUGCAACUUGCUUAAGCCUGAAAAACCAAGCCAUGUUGAUGUGCAUGACAUCAAAACCUUUAUAUCUUGUUCAUAGAAAAGAAUAUAGAAUAUAGAUGCAUUUAAAUCUCAGCCUUGUUUGUGAUACAUAAACAAAACCAGUUUUUGGUUUGUGAAAUGAAGUAGGAACAUUAUUAAGCUCUAUUUAUACUUAUGUUAAGAGGACCAGCAUUUUUUCAAGGAGAAUAGUUCACUAAAUAAUAAUAAUAAAAAAAAUAUAUUAUGCCACUUUCUUUAGUUUCUAGACCACUGUCUAAUUAAAAUGACUGGUUAUCUGUACAUGCUGUCUUUGUGUACUCUAGUACUUACAGAAGUUACAUAUUGCUUUAAUAAUGUAAAUAGGCUACUAAUGAAUAGUUGUUUGUGUUAAUUAUGAAUGUAAGCUGUGAAAAACGAUCCUUGUGUUGUGAACUGCAUGGGGGAUCGGAAUAAAUACAGGGAAGGAGAAAACAAGCAGCACUUUUUCUCCAAAAUAGGAGUAUAUGUACUUGUCUUGUCAAUAAAUGUGUGUAAUAUGUAGUUCAUGUGCUCAUGUGUCUUGAUGAGUAGGUGCUCAGUAUUCAUAUUAAUGUUAUAUAUUCUACUGUACCUACUGUAUUUUGAAAUGUGCAUUCAGAGUUCUGCUAGUGUUUAAGGUAUCUCUGUUCAAUAAAGAGAUUUGAUGUGUU